UCGCCAUUAAGGAACUCACUAAUGCGGAGCACAUCUUGAUGGCAACUUCUUGUUUAACUAAAGAUAUUUCUGGGAAAGACGAUAACUACCGAGCCGCUGCGAUUAGGGCUUUGGUCACCAUUACCAAUCAAAAUGAUAUUCAAGGCAUUGAGAGGCUUCUUAAACAAGCCAUUGUGGAUAAGAAUCCCUCCGUUUCCAGCGCCGCCCUCGUUUCUGCUUUGCGCUUGGCCAAUAAAAACUUGGAUAUUGUGAAGCGCUGGUCAAGCGAAAUUCAGGAAAGUAUUAAUUCUCGAUCCGUAAUGGUGCAAUACCACGCGCUCGGCUUGUUAUAUCAUAUUAAGCAG